GGAUCCCUCAGAGUUAGAUAGGAGAUAGUGUCGAAAUGAAGUUGACAAAGUUAAUGCUGCUCCUCGUGUGCCUGGGGAUUUUCGUAACCCUGGCGGUGAGUGCCGAUACGGACUUGGAUUCGGUCGCUGAUUCCGAUGAGAAUACAACCGGAUCCACAGCAACCUCAACCGCGGAUUCCAGUGCCACGGAGAGUUCCAGUUCAUCGGAUGAUGAUACUGGCAGUAGCUCCGAUGUGGACGAUGGUUCCGCGGAUGAUUCCGAUUCCGGAUCCGAUACGGAUGACGACACCGCUACUACAGCUCCAGUGAUAAAGAAGAAAGCCAAUAAAAAGAAGGCCAACAACAAGAAACGUGCUAGCAACAACAAGAAGAAGGCCAGCAACAACAGGAAGGCCAGCAACAACAAUCGCAAAAGGAGGGCAUCCAGCAACAACAAAAAGAAAACGUCUAACAACAACAGGCGCAGGAACAACAACGCCAGGAGGCGUGGUUAGAGCGAAAAUGGUUGAAGAAACAACAACAUGAGGACUAUGUGCAUAAUACAUUUUUUUUUUUCAUGAUUCAAUAAUUGAUUGGUGCAUUGGU